CUGUCCUCCAAUCCGCUGCAACAUUGCGGCCGCGGCAUCCGUGCGACGUCUGGCUGCACCGUGCCAAACCUGGGCCGCGCGCACUGUUCUCUUCCUUUGAGACGCAGCCGCGGGCCGAGGUGGCGAUGGUGGGGCCAUCACUACACUAGCACUAACACAAACACAAUUUGGUUAAAGUUAGCCGAACACGCGAUCCUAACCGAGCGCCGUGAUUGGUUCGCGGCGGCGUCGGUGGUCUCACGACGGAGAGGGGCUCGACCGUUCCGCACUACAUAUCCGUUGCACAAAUCUGCAGCAGCGGAAAGUGGUGGGUGCUGUGGCUUUGCCAACAGGGAGCUGGAAGUGGAUCCGGGCGUGUCGUCAAUGGCCAGGUGA